UCCGGGGAACCGCGGCGCACAGAGACGCAACUCCAGCGCGCUGCAGCUGCGCGUCCGCGUUCCUCCAUCUCUCCCUCCGGUGCUUCGCGCUUCCACAAACAAACGGCUUGUUGUCUUUCUGUUGCAAGGCUCCCCCCUUUUGUCAUCUUAACUCGGUUCCUCUCAUGUCGUCUUUAAGGCGCUGGAUACGGUGCGAUUUGUGAUCGACUAAGCAGCAGCUCGAUGAAUAUGGCGUGUAUUGGGGACGCAGACCCUUUUACCGCUGCGAUACCUGCCACCAAAGUUGAACUCACGGUUUCUUGUCGAAACCUGCUGGACAGAGACACAUUCUCUAAGUCUGAUCCAAUUUGUGUGCUGUACACUCAAGGAAUAGCCAACAGGGAAUGGAGAGAGUUUGGCAGGACAGAAGUCAUAGACAACACCCUCAACCCUGACUUUGUCCGCAAAUUCAUCCUGGACUAUUUUUUUGAGGAGAGGCAGAAUCUACGCUUUGACCUGUAUGAUUUAGACUGCAAGAGCGACAACCUCUCUAAGCACGACUUCCUGGGCCAGGCCUUCUGUACGCUGGGUGAGAUAGUCGGCUCCCUGGGAAGCCGCUUGGAAAAACCUUUGAUUGGGAUACCAGGGAAGAAAUGUGGCACCAUCAUAGUGAGAGCAGAAGAGCUGAGCAACUGCAGGGAGUCGGUGAUGCUGCAGUUUUGUGGCAACAAGCUGGAUAAGAAGGACUUCUUCGGAAAAUCUGAUCCUUUUCUCGUCUUUUACCGCAGUAACGAAGACGGAUCGUAUACCAUCUGCCACAAAACAGAAGUAGUGAAGAACACUCUGGAUCCGGUGUGGCAGGCUUUUAAAAUUCCUGUCCGGGCGCUGUGUAACGGAGACUACGACAGGAGCAUUAAGGUGGAGGUGUACGACUGGGACAGAGAUGGAGGCCACGACUUUAUCGGUGACUUUAGCACCAGCUACAGAGAAAUGUCCAGAAGCCAGUCACAGUUCCACAUCUAUGAGGUGCUAAAUCCAAAGAAAAAAGGAAAGAAGAAGAAAAAGUACCAAAACUCAGGAACGGUAACCCUCCUGUCCUGCCUGGUGGACACUGAGCUCUCCUUCCUUGACUACAUCCGAGGCGGAACUCAAAUUAAUUUCACAGUGGCAAUUGAUUUCACGGCAUCAAAUGGCAACCCAUCCCAGCCCACCUCGCUCCAUUACAUGAGCCCAUACCAGCUGAAUGACUACGCCAUGGCACUGCGAGCCGUCGGAGAGAUUAUCCAGGACUACGACAGUGACAAGAUGUUUCCUGCACUGGGCUUCGGUGCCAAGCUUCCCCCAGACGGACGGGUCUCGCAUGAGUUUGCCCUGAAUGGUAACCCACAGAACCCAUACUGCAGUGGUAUCGAGGGGGUGAUGGAGGCCUAUUACCAGAGUCUCAAGUCUGUGCGUCUUUACGGACCCACCCACUUCUCCCCUGUUAUUAACCAUGUGGCCAGGUAUGCGUCAGCAGUGACGGACGGCUCUCAGUACUUCAUCCUGCUCAUCAUCUCUGACGGCGUGAUCACGGACAUGGCACAGACCAAGGAGUCCAUAGUCAAUGCUGCGUCUUUGCCCAUGUCAAUUAUAAUAGUUGGAGUUGGACCAGCGGAAUUUGACGAAAUGAUCGAGCUGGACGGGGACGAGGAGAGGAUCUCAUCCCAAGGACGAUAUGCCGAGAGGGACAUUGUUCAGUUUGUUCCUUUCAGAGACUACAUUGACAGACGGGGAAACCACAUACUCAGCAUGGCUCGCCUGGCUAAAGAAGUGCUCGCCGAAAUCCCGGACCAGUUCCUGUCCUACAUGAGGACCCGAGGGAUCAAACCCGGCCCCUUGCCACCUCCUUACGCUCCCUGUCCACCACCGGCUGUCCACCCCCUUCUUUGCAGACGGGUAAGCAGGAUCUAAGGGCAGAGGCCUCGGUCCAACGCCAGCCUGCCGACUCUAAUGGUCUCUACUCUCCUCUCUCUGCUUCUUCUUCUUCCUCCUCUUCACUGGAAGCUAUUGAGCACACGGCGAAACUCUCUCAUGUUGCACUUUUGGGAAGAUUUGGCCAUGAGUAGAGAGCAUGAUGUGGACAACGUUGAGUGUAAUGCUUCCACUUUUUAGAAGACGGGACAUUUCCCUUAGUGGACGAAGGUGGGGGUUUCGAAGGGUCUUUUUUGGGGGUCUGAGAUCACCUCCCUCCACCAGGAAGUGUGGACAGGACAUAAACGGACCACUUGAAGCUAUCAGACUGAACGGGUCCAUACCGCCAAGGUCCUUUUUUGAAACACUGUUCAUCGGCUAUUUCUAUUUCCACUUCCUUUCACAAAAUCAUUUGGCUCAAUAUAUAAAUGUUUACAAAAUUGAGGACUGGAGUGGAGGAUAUUUUUCAGGAGGAACUUUAUACCGAUCAAUGUGAAAACCUUUUAAAGUCCUAUUUUUUGGCUGCAGUAACUGGAGGUUGCGACUUUGUACAAAACCAUUUUUUUUGUUUGUUUGUUAUUAAUAAAUGGAGCAUGUCCCAGUUUAAGAGACGCAUGCACGGUUGUCCUGCACUCAGGGCUUUGUCCCUCCCACACAAACCCCCUUCCUCACCACCUCACCACCACUGCCAUGUUCCAUUAAGAACAAACCCAUCACCCACCUGAAAUCUUCCCACGCUCCUUCCUUCUGCUCCGUCCGCCUGCCUUGACUCAAAAGGAAGCUGUGUUCCCUGAGUCUGGUCAAAUCAAAUGCAGCAGGGACUUUAACCAGCCUUACUUUUUUUGUUAAAAAACAUUUACUGGCACCAUGUCCACCGUGGGUUCUGGAAAUGCGGAUCUCCAAGCCCAGAAGUCAUAAAACACACAUCUCACUACCGAACCUGACUGUAUUACGUUUUAGAGUCUUUUCAUUUUUAUAGAACAACAUUGUUCUUCAGAAGCAUUUUUUGUUUUAUUUUCGUCUCUCUACCUCUCACUUUUAGUAUUGCCGAAAAAAGGUUGUUUAAAUAACAAAGUGUUGGUGUGUCAGUCUGUCGAAUUCCCAGUUUUACCUUUCUCACAUUUACCUUUCUUCAUAAAAUAUUUGCCAAAUUGUCGGUUGAGAAUUAUAGCACUUUGGUAGCUAUCGGAUCAGGUUACUCACACCUUUGUGUUAGCAACACAGUGUGACUAUGUGCACAGAAAACAGUUAACCAACACAACAAAAUGCAAAGAUGAUUUUAUUUUUCCAGCUAUUCAUUUGGAUCAAAAUGGUGACUCAGUGCGUUUACAUACAGUUUAAAAAAAACCGAUUGUU